AUGUCCGGCUCUCUACAUCGAACAGCACGGGUCAUUUCCGUCAUUGCGGGGACGCUGGUCGCCCUGUCAUGCGGAACGAAUUAUGCGUACUCUGCAUGGGCGCCGCAAUUCGCACAGCGUAUGAAGCUCUCUUCGACCGAGAGCAACCUUAUUGGUGUUGCGGGGAACUUGGGGAUGUAUGCCAUGGGCAUCCCAAUGGGGUUAUUGACUGAUGCCCGUGGUCCACGACUUGUCGCACUGAUCGGCUCGGUCUGUCUGGCCUUGGGGUACUUCCCCAUCUAUAUGGCAUAUGACAAUGGCCGAGGAUCAGUGCCGGUUGUCUUCUUGUGCAUCUUCGCCUUUCUGACUGGCGUUGGUGGUUGCUCUGCUUUUGGCGGUGCCAUCAAAACAGCGGCAUCCAACUAUCCCGAUCACCGCGGUACGGCAACUGCUUUCCCGAUGGCCGCCUUCGGAUUGAGCGCGCUAUUCUGGUCCAAUGUGUCAACGCUCAUUUUCAAGGAUGAUACCGGCCGAUUCCUCUUGCUUCUGGCCCUCGGGACUUCAAUUCUAUGCUUCUCCUCAAUUCCAUUCCUUCGAAUUCUCGCCAGCGCGCCGUACUCGUCCGUUUCGCACACCGCAGACGAGUCUAUAACCCACGAUCCCAACGACCUUCGACCCGUCCCAGAGGAAUCAGAUCUACCCGGCUCAAGCGCUUUCGAGUAUGGACACCUCCCGCAUGCACGAUCGCACUCGGUUGCGUCAAACCCACAGAGCAGAGCGUUUGCAAAUGACGACGAGAGGGCCGCCUUAGUAUCCAAAAAUGAACCCCCACGUCCCUCUUUCGAUACACUCGACGACGACUUCCUGGAAGAAGUGGCCGUCGAAGCUCACCAAGUCGACAUCAGAGGUGUGGCCAUGCUUCGGAAAGUCGAGUUCUGGCAGCUCUUCCUAACCAUGGCACUGCUGUCCGGUAUCGGCUUGAUGACCAUCAACAACAUCGGCAACAGCGUCAAAGCCCUGUGGCUAUACUACGACGACAGUGCGACAGACGCAUUUAUUCAACACCGUCAGGUCAUGCACGUCUCCAUUCUUUCCUUCGGCAAUUUCCUUGGUCGUCUGCUCAGCGGCAUUGGCUCUGAUCUGCUGGUUAAGAAGCUCGGAAUGUCCCGCGUCUGGUGUCUGUUCUUGUCAGCGGUAGUCUUCACUCUGACUCAGCUGGCCGGCACUGCCAUCUCGAACCCAAACAGCCUUGUUGUCGUCUCCGGUUUCACGGGAAUCGCAUAUGGCUUCCUCUUUGGUGUCUUCCCUUCCCUAACCGCGCACACCUUUGGUAUCGGCGGCCUGUCCCAGAACUGGGGUGUCAUGACUCUGGCCCCGGUAUUCAGUGGUAAUGUUUUCAACCUGCUUUAUGGUAACAUCUAUGACGCACACUCUGUUAUUAGCCACGAUGGUGACCGCGAGUGUCCCGAUGGUCUGGGCUGCUACCGCUCGGCCUAUUUCAUGACUUUCAUUUCGGGUUUGUUCGGUAUUGGAGUCUGUCUGUGGAGCAUUCUCCGAGAAAGGAGUAUCGAGAGAUCUAUGAACACAAAAUUGGUCCAUCGGCUUGCAUGA